AUGAAAAAUAAUUAAGUUAAAAAUGAUAGCUCAACUUAGAGCGCUGACUUGAAUUAAAACGAAGAUUAGCAGUAUAAAGAAUAUGGCUCAAGAUGGGCAACGGUUGGAGGUUUUCUUAUUAUUAACAUAGUAUAUAAUACAGUUAUAGGUGCAUUUAAUCCUAUUAAUUCAUAAGUAUCAAAGAUAUAUGAUAUAAAUCCCGUAGUAGUUUCUAUGAAUACUCUAGCUUCAAAUUUACUAUACUUACCUAUGGCUUUCAUUGCAAGCUUUAUGAUGCAAAAAAUUGGUAUGCGCAUUACUAUUUGGGUAUCAUGCGCUAUUAUGAUAGCAGCUUUAUGGAUAAGAUUAUUAAUUAACAAUAAUUAUUACAGUGUCCUAGCAGCUCAUAUCCUUUUAGGUAUAGGUCUACCUAUGAACUAAAAUAUGAUAAACAGUAUUCCCUCUAUUUGGUUUAGAGUUGAAGUAAGAUAAAAAAUAUUUUUAUUAUGCCUGCUUGGUUCCUUCUUGGGUUUAAUUCUCUCCAAUAUUCUCCCUGGAUUAUGGUUGAAUGGAUAUGACAUAGAUAAAGAUGCAUUAAAUAGCUAUAGAGAAGGUAGAAAUAAAUUGUAUUAAAUAAUGUCUAUUGAAGCAUAUAUUGGGACUCCUUUAGCUUUAAUUGGAUGCAUUCUUUUCUAAAAUAAACCUCCAACUCCUCCUAGCAAAGAAGCAGCCAAGGAAAAAUAACCUUUUCUACCUUAAGUAAAAUCAGUUUUAAGUAAUAAGGACUACUUGUUGCUAUUUAUGUCUUUUGGUUUGUUUUAAGGAUGUAAUUAAGGAGCUAAUGUAGUUUUAUCUUAUAUUUUAACUCCUUAUGGUUAUGGCUCCGAAGUUACAACUUAUUGUAAUAACAUAGUGAUAAUUGCAGGUGUUAUUGGUAUGAUGAGAGGAGGCAGGAUGUUUAGAAAUAAUCCUAAUUAUAAAAAGCACUUAAUGGUUAGUUGUAUUGUUUGCAUGAUCGGAUUUGGAGUUGCAAUUCCUGUUUUGCCAGUAAAUAACCAAACUCUUCUUAUUUUACCAUAUGCUCUAAUAGGAAUUUUAUCAUUUCACCCAAUGCCUCUUUUCAUUAAUCUGUCAUCAGAAGUAGCUUAUCCAGCAGACCCAAGCAUAUCAGGGGGUUUAUUAUAAGGCAGUGCAUAAUUAAUGAGUUUUAUUUCUGGUGAAGUCUAUUCUGCUAUUAUGAUAAAUGAAACAGAAGAACGUGCAAUAGUAAUUUACAUAAUUUAAAUUAUUUGUCUUGGAGUUGCUUUUCUACUUUUAUUCCCUCUAACUGUGCAAUUAAAAAGGACUGAAGCAUAAGGACCUGAUUAAUAACCAUUAUAAAAUUAAGUAGAAGAAUAAAAUUAAUAAAAAAAAAGAGAAAACAAACGUUUUUGA